UCGCGAGAAACGCCGCGAUCACAGCAGCGAGACAACCAAAAUAAAGUGAGCACAACAAACCCGUAGCGCAUGAUGGCGGCGUCGCUGCUGCGCCGGGACAAGAAAUCCACCGCCGCCCAUCUGAAAGCUGACCUCAAGAGGACUGACAACAGCUCGGGACUGCGGCAGCUGCAGGAGCUGCUGGAUAGCGUGCUGCACCCGGAGCGGGGCUCGGACCCGGAGGCGCUGGACUGGUGUAAAUGGCUGUUAGCAGGAGGCGACGGCUUCGACGAGUUCUGCCGGGCCGUCCGAUCCUACGAUAACGCCACCCUCUGCGGGCUGGUGUGGACUGCCAACUUCGUGGCGUACCGCUGCCGGACUUGCGGCAUCUCGCCGUGCAUGUCGUUAUGUGCGGAGUGCUUCAAUAACGGCGACCACACGGGCCACGAUUUUAACAUGUUCCGGAGUCAGGCCGGCGGGGCCUGUGACUGCGGGGACGGGAACGUGAUGAGAGAGAGCGGGUUUUGCUGUAGGCAUCGGUUAAAAACGGGAGAGAAUGUGCCAUCAGUCCCUCGGGAUCUGCUGCUCAUGUCUGAGAUGGUGCUGCCGCGGUUUAUCAUCACUAUCAUUCAGUACCUGAGAGACGGCUACACUGAGCCAGAGUCGGCCGCUGACAGAGAUCUGCAGAAGGUUCUGCAGCAGUUAGACCUGCACAUAUCCUUCUUAGAAGAGCUCACCAAGAUGGGCGGGGCCAUGCGCACUGUUCUCACCAAGAUCUUAACCAAUCAGCAGACCUUUAAAGAACUUAGCAUGGGUCAAGAGGAGAAUGUUUAUGCGAAGAGGAACUAUGAGAAGUAUUUGUCAGCAUUGAAGAGUUCAGGUCUGGUGUCAGUGGAGGAGAAAGGAGCAGGAGCUGGGGCAACAGAUACUCCAGCUGGGGCAGGAGCGCUCAGUCUACUGGGAGCUACUGCCGCUGCCAGUCUGGAGGACUCUAGCAAAGAGGAGGAUCAGGAUGGGCUGCAGGGUGUGGGCCAGAGGAAAAGAGUGAAGCUCAGUAGCACUACCAAAGAUCCAUCCAUAAUGGACACCCUGAAACAUAAAUGUUUUUUAGAAGAGUUAUUGUUUUGGACUAUUAAGUAUGAAUUUCCACAGAAGAUGGUCACUUUUUUGCUCAACAUGUUGCCAGAUCAGGAUUACAAGAUCACUUUCACUAAAACAUUUGUACAACACUAUGCCUUCAUCAUGAAGACCCUCAUGAAGAGUCACGAGUCGGACACCAUGUCCAACCGCAUCGUUCACAUCAGCGUGCAGCUCUUCAGUAACGAGGAGCUGGCGAGACAUGUCACAGAGGAGUGCCAGUUACUGGACAUCAUGGUCACUGUGCUCCUCUACAUGAUGGAGAGCUGCCUUAUCAAGAGCGAACUGCAAGAUGAGGAGAAUAAUCGUCACGUGGUGGUGAACUGUGGUGAAGCUCUACUGAAGAAUAACACCUACUGGCCUUUAGUUAGUGAUUUUAUUAAUAUCCUCUCGCACCAAAGUGUGGCCAAGCGCUUCCUGGAGGAUCAUUCUCUGCUGCUGCUCUGGAUGAGUUUCGCCUCCUUCUUCCAAGGGAUGAAUCUGAAUAAGAGAGAGCUGAAUGAGCACGUGGAGUUUGAGUCUCAGACGUAUUAUGCAGCGUUUGCAGCUGAGCUGGAGGCCUGUGCUCAGCCCAUGUGGGGUCUCCUAACACACUGCAAAGUCAAAGAGACCCAAGAGUACACUAAGACAGUGGUGCGGUACUGUCUGGAAACUCUUCAGAUGUGGUUUGAUGCCAUUGGGUUUGUAGAUGAGCCUGCCCUCAACCAGCUGACCUUUCAUUUACCUCUCCAUAGAUACUAUGCCAUGUUCCUCAGCAAGGGAGUGAAGUGUCAAGGUCUGGAUUUGGACAGUUUGCUUCCUGAUCAGGAGAUGCUUAUGAAGAUCAUGGUUCACCCUCUUCAGAUACAGGCUAGCCUGUCUGAGAUCCAUAGUAACAUGUGGGUGAGAAAUGGGCUGCAGAUUAAAGGCCAGGCCAUGACUUAUGUCCAGUCUCACUUCUGUAACUCCAUGAUUGACCCGGACAUCUACCUCCUGCAGGUGUGUGCAUCUAGAUUGGAUCCAGAUUACUUCAUUUCCUCAGUGUUUGAGAGGUUCAAGGUGGUGGAUUUGCUGACGAUGGCGUCUCAGCAUCAGAACGCAGUGCUGGACUCGGAGCAGGAGAGACCCAUGCUGGAGGGGGCGCUGACCUUCCUGGUCAUCCUGUGCAGUCUCAGAGUACACUUAGGAAUGUCAGAUGAUGAGAUUUUGAGAGCGGAGAUGGUGUCACAGUUGUGUAUGAAUGAUCGUACCCACAGUUCCCUGCUAGAUCUUAUCCCGGAGAAUCCGAACCCUAAGAGCGGUGUGGUGCCAGGCAGCUGUAGUUUUGAGGAGAUGCUGUCUGCUGUAGCUGAUUUCAAAGCCCCGGUGUUUGAGCCUGGAGGAUCCAUGCAGCAGGGCAUGUACACGCCUAAAGCGGAAGUCUGGGAGAAAGAGUUUGACCCUAUAAUGGUGAUUCUACGCACAGUGUACCGCAGAGACGUGCAGUCGGCCAUGGAUCGAUACGCAGCAUUUUUGAAACAGUCAGGCAUUCAUACGGGGAACCCCUGGCCGCCCUAUAAGGAGAGGACCCCUCUGCACCCCUGCUAUAGAGGACUGGUGCGCCUUCUGCACUGCAAAACCCUACAUAUCGUCAUCUUUACACUGCUUUACAAGAUCUGGAUGGAUCAUCAGAACAUGUCUGAACAUGUGUUGUGUAUGGUGCUCUACCUGAUAGAACUUGGACUUGAUAAUCCGGUUCAGGAUGAUAAAGUGGAAGAAGAGCCUUGUAUUGAGGAGCACUGCCAUGACAGCUGGUUCCCGGGCACCAGCCUGCUGUCUAACCUCCAUCACGUCAUCAACUUUGUGCGGGUUCGAGUGCCAGAGACGGCACCUGAGAGGGAGAGAGAACGAGAAACUCCAGCCAGCACCAGCUCUGAGAGCAGCACCUUCGGACAGAACCUGCGUGAGGCUCAGGUCUUCAGUCUAGUGGCAGAGCGCAGAAGGAAGUUCCAGGAGAUCAUAAACCGCAGUAACCAUGAGGCCAGUCAGGCGGUGCGGCCCAAGUCCUCAUCCUCUCGCUGGCUGCCGCCCGGCUCGCCUCCGCAGCUGGUGACUGAGAUCCUGGAGAUCCGUGAGAGUAUGCUGUCUCUCCUGGUCAAGCUGCACCAGAAACUGUCUGCCAAGCAGGACUCUCUGUCUCUGAGCUGGUUGGCCGAGGUGGAUCCGGCCCAUCAUGCGCACGGAGAUGGGUUAACGGCUAUCGAGAGGAUCCUGGCCAAAGCUGCCACCCGUAGCCGGCACAGCAAGAGGUGCCUCCAGGAAAUCUGCGGGAAAGUGUGUCCAUCCAUACCGCUCAAGAAGAACAGUCCUGGAGAUAAGAAGAGUAUGGACAAGGAAGAGAGGCGUCAAAGGGCCAGAGAGAGACAGCAGAAGCUGCUGGCAGAGUUUGCCUCCAGGCAGAAGAGCUUCAUGGAGACUGCCAUGGAUGUUGAGUCAACUGAAACCGAUGCAGUGAUGGACAUGGGCUCGGCAGAACCUCUGGACUCAGAGGUUCUAUAUGACUGUGUGAUCUGUGGCCAGAGCGGCCCGUCUACUGAAGACAGACCCACAGGACUGGUGGUACUGCUGCAGGCUUCAUCAGUGUUGGGGCACCGUUGUCGUAGUGACACACCAAAGCGAUUGCCUACUACGGAUGAGGAACAUAUCUACCCCGAGGACACGUGUGGAGCGACCCAUGAUGUUAGGCUGUCCCUUAUGCAACGAUACUUUAAAGAUAGUUCCUGUUUGCAGUCUGUGUCUGUUGGCUGGGACGGGGGUGUGUAUGUGCAGACGUGCGGCCACACCCUGCAUAUAGACUGUCACAAGUCCUACAUGGAGUCCUUACGGAACGAUCAGGUCCUUCAGGGGUUUUCUGUGGAUAAAGGCGAGUUCACCUGUCCGCUGUGUCGUCAGUUCGCCAACAGUGUUUUGCCCUGUCGUCCUGGGCGUGGGAUGGAGACGGGUGCCUGGCACACGCCCAGUAACAAGAGCAUGUCCACACUGGUGAAGGAAGUGGAAGACCUUCAGGAACAGCUGGGCAUUUUCCCAGUGGAGUCCAAUCUGAGUAAAGAGAUGGAAUCUGUUAUAAAGGACAUUAAAAGCACCACACAGAAAAAAUACAUGGAUUAUGGGAAGAACCCAGGGUCACCUGACAAUGACUUCCUGUUCAUGUACUCCGUGGCCAGGUGUGUGUGUGUGUGUUCUCUGUGUGUUUCAGAUCAGUUGUUUCAUGUGCUGGCCAUGCACAUGCGUCUCUACAGCAUAGAUUCAGCAUACAACCCCUGGACCAGACUCACACAGAGCACGCACACCAGAGACAACGAGUACUGUGAUGAUGAACGUCCUGAGGUGCCCAUGCUCUUCAGAGACGUCCCAUCCCUCCUCAUCAUCUUCAUCCUUACCAUGCCUCAGCCUUUACGCAAAGAGCACUUCACGUGUGUUGUGAAGGUGUUGUACAGUCUGCAGUACACACAGGCUCUGGCCGCUCUGUCCAUCAGAUUCAGCCGUGAGGAGAGACUCGCCUGGAGCAACACUGGAGCUGCCAAGAAGAACACGCCAAACUCUGACAAAUCAUGGGAGUCGCUCCUGGGUCACAUGAUCUCUGAGCUGACGAAGGCCAAAGAUGUGUAUGACACCAACUCUGAGGAAACACUUGUGUUGAGCUCCAGUGUGUGGUCUCCUCAGUCCAUUGAGUUCAGCCUACAGCAGUUCUGUCUGCCCUUCCUGAGACUGUCCUGUUUACUGCAGCACCACCUGUAUGGAGACGGCUUACCCGGCUGCCUGGUGGAGGAGGAGUUCUCUCUGCUGGCCGGGUGUCUGGGUUUGUCUGGUUCUGUUCAGUCCAGUGGAGCCUCGAGCAGUGCAGCGUGUCUGGAGUGGAACCUCAAUGCUAUCGAUCUGAUCAGUCAGUGGUGUUCAGAAGUCAUCGCUCUGUCCGAUACUCCCACCCAGCAGUCUGUGUCUCUAUUAGGUCAGGAUCUGCAGUGGGCCGCACCUCGUCUCCUGCACCUGCCAGACAAUUACAACACCAUCUUCCAGUACUACCACAGGAAAUCCUGCACCAGCUGCGGCAAGACCCCCAAAGACCCUGCGCUGUGCCUGGUGUGCGGCGCGUUUGUCUGUCUGAAGGGUCACUGCUGUAAACAGCAGGGCGUCUGUGAGUGUGUGCUGCACUCUCAGCACUGCGGAGCAGCGACCGGUAUCUUCCUCCUGAUUAACGCCUCGGUCAUCAUUAUCAUCCGAGGCCAUCGCUUCUGUCUGUGGGGGUCUGUAUAUCUGGACGCUCAUGGAGAGGAGGACAGAGACCUACGUCGAGGAAAGCCUCUGUAUUUAUGUGAGGAGAGAUACCGCGUUCUGGAGCAGCAGUGGGUCUCGCACACCUUCGACCAUAUCAACAAGCGCUGGGGUCCCCAUUACAAUGGACUUUAACAGUACAGCCCAUAACCUGGAGAGGACAGGUCACAUGAUGCCAGUGCCAGCCUCUGUGACAUCCUCUGAUGAUUUCUAUCGUGUAAUAUAAAGAAAACCUGCAUUGAGUUGGCCACAGCCUGGGUUCAUGUGAAGUUUAGUGUACAAUCAAGCCUAUUGACUAACAGCGUGUGUGUGUGCGCGUGAGUGUGUUCAAAAGUGAUUUUCCGUGUGGAUUUAUAGGGAGAGAAUUUUGUUUUGUCCCAGCAAGCUCAAAGUGAAAGCACACUGAGUGAAUCUGUGUCUAGUCUGUUGGACGCACAAGUGGAAUAAUACUCCGGUUCUGUAAUGUUUGGAAAACUGAAAUAGAUUUUGAGGAGAGAGAUUCUUGAGGAAAAAAAACAAAAAACAAUUUUGACCAAUGUUAAACAAAUCAUGUAUAGAUAUCAGAAUUAAUAUCAAAACCUUGAAUGCUAAAGGUACCGAGACUCUCAACAUAUCCACCCACCACCACAUCAUGCUAUUUGAGCUGAAACACAUCUCAUAAGACUAACUGUGGGGUCUAAAGCAGGGUAUGAGACGAAAUAUCAACCGAUUAGAGCUAAAGUGAGAUUUCUCUCUGACUCGAGGUGUAGUUGCUGUCAUCCUCAGGAAUUUUAUUUUAUAAUUUCUUUUUUUGUUUUUGUUUGUUUGUUUUGUUUUGCUGGUCUCAGAUAAAAGAUUUUAAUAUUUAAGAAGUGCUGCUAUUCAUUGUUUGAAUAAAGUAAAUUAUACCUUUGAAAAAAAUAUAUAUAUAUUUUUACAAUUUUCGUUUUUUUUUUUUCUUUUCUUCUAAUGAAGGCUCUGUUUUUGAUGGUGGUUGGGUGGUCUGUUUAGUUUAUUAUUAAAAUAUUCCCCUGCAACCUUGUAGCACAUUAUAUUUAAUGGCUAGAGACAGAGCUAGUCUUUAUAUAAUGAUCGGUGGCCCUUUCCCUGAGAUAAAGGUCAUAAAGGUCAACUAAAAAGAUAUAAAACUUAAUUAAAAAAAAAAGUGUUUUUGUUUUUUUUUCCAUUAAGAAAAUGAAGUUGGUUUUAGAAUAAAGAUGAUUUGUAUCAUUUUCACCACCAACACAAUUUGCCCCAAAUUCUUAUUACUGCAAACCAUCUUAAUGUGUUUUUCCCCUCAGUAGGUUCCUUUUUUUGUUUUUUUACUGUAAAGAGUGGGCAGAUGUUUAAUUUGUCUGGAAAAUAAUGCAAUACAAUUAUGGUUCUAAAAAUCUGCUUUUUUAUUAUUGCAAAAUAUAAUUUCUUCUUUCUUUUGGUUAAGGGUGAAAUAGUGAUCUGUGAAUAUUGACAGAUUUCCUGAGAUUCUCCGAACUAUAGCCAAACUUAUCUUGCCACACACCCACCAAGUCAGUUGUCACUCAAAGUUUUGAUUGUCUUUCCCAUAUUCUAAUUAAAUGAUACUUUCUGGACUGGUGUCCGAUGGUCCAUAGGGGGCAGUGUUUGCCAUUACACUGAGCUCUGGUUCAGAGAGUCUCAUCAUACAGAUUCUCAGAGCCAUUUGAUGGCUGGUCUGUUGGUAGCAAUUGGCCGCCGGAGUCCAAUUUCUCCUCCUCUAGGAUUUUGCAGGUAGUGAAGUUUUCUGUUGUUUAAAUACAUUAUUAUUUGUGUUGUUGUGAUAUUUUGAUGCACACACCAUUCAAUAUCUUGAAUUCCUGAUCUGAAGUGUUCCUGAGAAAAGGGGUUGUCACUUUGUUCUACAUCUUUGAACUCGGCCAGAUGGUGUAUAGAUCCUUUAUGAAAAAGAAUCAGACCAAAAAAAAGGAAAAGAAAAGAUCCGUUUUAAUGUUAUCAAAAAGUAAAAAAAAAAAAAAAAAAAAAGAGGGGAAAAAAAGAAGAAACUUUACUAGAAAGGUACUUUACACAAAUAUACAUUUAGCGAAGGCUAGUUUUCCAGUCCCAUAAAUGUGGUGUUCCUCAAAGCUCUGUCCUCGGACCAUCAUUGAUUGUGUAAUCUGUAACUGUGGAGAGGGCAUUAUGUAUGCACAAGUUAAUUAUUUGAAAAUGCAUUAAA